AUGGGAAAACCUCGUAUGAUCAUCCUGAUUAGACAUGCUCAAUCAGAGGGAAACAAGAACCGUGAUAUUCAUCAGACUAUACCCGAUCACCGAGUAAAGCUCACCCCCGAAGGUUGGACACAAGCUCAUGAAGCUGGUUUGCAACUGCGAAACCUCUUACGUCCAGAUGAUACCCUCCACUUCUUCACUUCUCCCUAUCGAAGGACCCGCGAAACUACAGAGGGCAUUUUGUCUACCCUUACCUCCGACUCACCGAGCCCUUCUCCGUUUCCAAGGCACUCUAUAAAAGUAUAUGAAGAGCCCCGCCUUCGUGAGCAGGACUUUGGUAAUUUUCAGCCAUGCAGUGCGGAAAUGGAGAGGAUGUGGCAAGAAAGAGCAGAUUAUGGGCACUUCUUCUAUAGGAUUCCUAAUGGAGAGAGUGCGGCGGAUGCAUAUGACAGGGUGAGUGGAUUUAAUGAGAGUCUAUGGAGACAAUUUGGGGAUGAUGAUUUCGCAAGCGUUUGCGUUCUAGUGACUCACGGACUUAUGUCUCGCGUUUUCCUGAUGAAAUGGUAUCAUUUCUCCGUUGAGUACUUUGAAGACCUUCGAAACGUCAAUCACUGCGAGUUCCUUAUUAUGCGGAAAUCGAAUGAUUCCGGGAAGUAUAUAUUAGAAAAUCAACUACGCACAUGGUCUCAAUUAAGGCAAGAGCGUCUAGCGAUUACCGCUGCAACCAAAACACCUUCCUCAACGCCCGAAAGCGGGCAAACCUCUGGAAAGGACAAAGAAAAGGAGAGUAGGCUAUUAGGGGCCGGUCGCUCUCCUGCAGGUUCUUCUAGCCCAAUACCAACACAUAAGAGAUGGGGUGGCUGCCCAAAUGGCUGCGAUCACGGGAAGCAUUACUUCAAGAAGGAAAAUUCCAUGCAUGCCAUGCAACUGAACGGUCGCCCAAUAGCCUCGGCAUCCGCUUCAUCCACGCAUGUAGACACAAUCGCAGCCCGUCGACCCGCAGCCCGUCGCUGGCAAUCUUCCUCCGACGAAGACGAGGACGAUCCAAGGGGCAAAUCUGGGCCACCUGAAUUAGAUGUCCAAAAGAGUCUCGAAGAGACCGUUAGUAGUCCCGACGGAACACCCAGCUUUAUUAGCAUAGAAGACCGACUAGGUAGUCGCAUUCGAAGUCCCAAUGAUCUACUUGGCAUACGCCAUGCUGGAAGAGAUGGAGGCGGAAGCGCUAGUGGUGCUAAUAGUGAUGCUGAAUUUAGCGCAGAAGAAGAUGUUAGGAAAAGGUUAGCGAAGGGGCGAAACGGGAACAACGGGCUGGGAAUUUCAGUAUUAUCGCGAAAAUUAACGAGAGAAGAAUCGGAUGGAAUGGGAAAGGGAGUCAAGGCUGAUGCUUUAGGAGAUCAAAGUGAUGAUGGGGAUGACGAUGCUGGAGGACAGAGUGAUGAGGGUGGUGAGCCGAGUCCCAAAUUACUUGAGAUUCAACAAGCUGAAAUAUUGGACAAAAGUAUCAGGGGGAGCGUCUAUUAA